UGAAAUUCUACACCACAUUCCUCUUAGCCCACAACAGAAUCAGUCAGUCAGCGACCCAGGAACAGAAGAAGAGAGAAAAGAGCGAGAAGGAGCUCUCCUUUUCCCUCCCAGCAAAGCAGCCAUCUAUUACAAACACGCCCAGGAAUCCUCUUUAAAGAGUGCAGCAGUUUUGUACCAAAAAAGACGCCGAGAGUGAGGCCGUCUUCCAUUAACGCCCUAGCCGGUAGACCUUCCCCAAUCUUAAACCAAAAGGCUCUCUACCUAUUACUGUGUCUUCCAUAAAGACACACAAGGACAUUACUCGGCCCUCUUUUCCUAACUUAUUUCACCUGAUCUCUCUACAAAGACCUUCACAGAUCUUCUUGCCAUGAGGGAGGUCUAAAACUCUCUCUACAUUACAACCAACGUCUUCUCUACACACGACUAGUUAACUGCCUACGGCACUGUAUAACGAGACCACUCUACGGUAUCCAACCAACCUUCGUUACAAACUCUCCUAAGACUUACCAAACUACUGACAAAUUCUGUCUGUAUCGAUAGCAAUGGCAUCCGAGAACAAUAUAUGUGAAUUUAUCGAAGAUCGUCUCUACUUUGCAACUCUUCGUUCAAGACCUCGAAACUCCUCCUCCUGUCAUUAUUUCUCGUCCGAUGACGAAUACGUUUAUGAAAACUUCUACUUAGACUUUGGACCACACAACUUAGCAACCUUGUUUCGUUAUUGUCAACGUCUUCAUAAGAAACUUAAAAGCCAAUCUUUAGCCAGAAAGAAGAUCAUUCAUUACACAUCUUAUGAUAGCAGGAGGAGGGCUAAUGCAGCAUAUCUUAUUGGUUGCUAUGUGAUUAUUUACCACAAGAAAACACCAGAUGAAGCCUUCAGACCACUUGCAGCUGCCCAGAACCCGCCCUUUCAACCUUUCAGGGAUGCUGCCAUGGGCCCUUGUACUUAUAACUUGACACUCCAGCACUGCUUUCAAGCUGUCCACAAGGCACUCCAGUUUGGAUUUUUGGAUUUCAGUCAGUUUAAUGUAGAAGAGUAUGAACAUUAUGAGAGAGUGGAGAAUGGCGAUUUGAACUGGAUUGUACCUGGUAAAUUUUUAGCUUUUGCCGGCCCUCACAAUAAAAGCAGGAUUGAACAAGGAUACCCUCUCCAUGCCCCAGAGUUCUAUUUCCCUUACUUUCGUCACUACAAGGUCUCCACUAUUGUCCGACUUAACAAGAGACUCUACGAUGCUCAGAGAUUCAUUGAUGGAGGAUUCGACCACAAGGACCUCUUCUUUGUUGAUGGUAGCACUCCUAGUGACACCAUUGUUAAUUUUGGGUAUUGUCGUGUGUUUGCUCUUUUUGAAGUUGUUGAUCUUUCUCUCUCUCUCUCUCCCUCUGUGUGUGUGUGUGUAUGUGUGUGUGUGUGUGGUAUAUACCAGCUUGAGGUAGGUGAUUUGGCAUAUAUUUGUAUUGACUGGUAUGAAUGGCAUCCAGACUUACUGACUCCAGCUUACUAUUUGAUAAUUAAUGGUUUCUUUCCUCUUUCUCUCUGUCUCUGUCUCUCUCUCUCUCUCUCUCUCAGGAAACAAGCACUAUUAUGGGCUAUGGGUGACCUUGAAAGAGCCAAGUACGAGAGGUCCAGGGUGGGCGGAGACAUGAGCAUCAAAGGCCAGCUCAGCAAGUUGGAGUACGAACUUAAAAUGGACAAAGAAAAGGCCGAAAUGAUAAAGAUGGACCAAGAGGACCAGAUACGCUCCGGACUUGAGAAAUUUGUUAUGAGUGACAUUGACGUGUUGCCUGGUUACGAUGACCACACCCACCACCACACCCACCACCAUCAUCACCCCGCCAUGACCCAGGGAGAUCACCUUAACCAGAUCAAACACAAGAGGAUUGCAAUUUCCUCCGGAGGCGGGGGCAGUACCACCAUGGGGGUCACCGGCCACGUAAAACCAAUGUCUACCAGGGAGGUCGUAUCUACUCACGGGGUUGCAUCUAGGACUCGUUCUCAUGUAAUGGACCAAUCAAAGGUUUCCCAUCACUCGCUCGUGACGCUGCCAGUUUCUCCUUCAGCCCAACCCAAUCUUAUGCGUGGGCGUAUGCCACAUUCAUAUAUGGCCCAGUCCCAGUUGCCGGGGGUUAGGGGGUCGUCCUCUUCCUCCGUCCAGCCUACGGUCGUCAUUCGGGCUCCAACAAAUCUUCGUGCUACUUCUCGUGUGACUCACGGCCACCCUCCCAUCGCCGUGGCAACCGGAGGGCGUCGCUCUUGAGCGCUCCUUGCCAGAUUUUGGAACAUUGUCCAGUUUCCUUCUCCUUUUUUGUCGUCUUUUUCAAGUAAAAUAAAAACUGUUUUUGUGACCGAUAAAAACACAAUUCAAAA